AUGGGGUCAGCGCUGGCCCUGUGGACAGCAGCAGCUACGAGCAGCGACGACGAGGCAGCAGGGGUCCCGGCCGUCGCCUGCUCCGCGGCCAUGGAAAAAAACAGCAACCACCACCACGGCGACGCCGGCGGCGAGCCCUCCGUCGACGCGCCGCGCAGGCUGACCAAGCGCCGGAGCAUCCUUCUGGCGGAGGACGAGGUCGACAAGCAGAGCGGUCAGUCCUACUACUCCCCCUCCCUCCCCUCGGCCGCGGUCACCGGCGGCGAGCCGUCCCUCCCGCCGGCAGACCCCACCGUGUCGGACAACGCCCCCGGCGUGUCGCUCGUGGUCGCCAGCACCUACAACGGGAACGGGCCGAUCGAGGACCGGCACGACAUCCGGCAGAGCCCGCGUGGGGACUUCUUUGUGUCCGUUCUGGACGGCCACGGGGGCUGGCAGGCUGCCGAGCUCGCGCGGAAGCGGCUCAACAUCGCGGCGCAGACGGAGCUCAAGACCUCCCUCGCGGGGAACCCGGACCAGGUCAAAAGUGCCAUCACCCAGGCGUUCUUGCGGGUGGAGAGAGAGUACCUCUACCAGGUGAAGGCUGCCUUCGAGCUGGGCUUUGGGGCGGUGGCGCGCACGGGGGCUUGCGCCAUCAUGGCCCUGGUGCGUGACAACCGGCUGUUCGUGGCGAACGCGGGAGACUGCAGGGCGGUGCUCGGACGCCGCAAGCCUACCAGGCUGGUCGGGGGCUGGAGCACGGGGCCUGGCGGCGACCCGGAGGCUCUCGCGCUGAGCAACGACCACAACGCGAAGGAGCAGGCGGAGCAGGCUAAGCUUAAGAAGCUGCACCCGUUCGAGGGGGACGUGUUCACCUGCAAGAGGCCCGCCUCGUGCUACGUGAAAGGGAGACUGCAGCCCACCCGUUCAUUCGGGGACGCGUACCUAAAGUACCCGGAGUUCAAUGGGAAGGAGGGCACGCACAGAUCGGCGGGGAGAUUCCUACCCCCUCCUUACACCCCACCCUACAUCACGGCUGAGCCGGAGAUUUCUGUUCACGAGAUCGACCAAUCAAACGACGACUUCGUUAUCCUAGCGUCGGACGGGCUGUGGGACCACGUGACCAACCUGGAGGCGGUGGAGAUUGUCCGGAAGGCGGCCUACAGCGAUAAGCACCCGGAAUGCGCCAGCGACUGCCUGGUGCAGCGUGUCUUGGAGAGAGCGGCGGAAAACCACGGUAUCAGCGUAGAGGAGCUCCAGGAAGUGCCGGAGGGGAACAGGAGGCGCAGCAUGCACGACGACAUCACGUGUGUCGUGUUCUUCCUCAACGGGAACAGAAAUAACGAAGGCUUCGCUUCCCUUCAGGGAAGCAAGGUGCAGGGCGCAACAGCGCCCGGAUGCCAGGAGGCAAGCACUACUGCCACUGCUCAGUGAGGGGUGAGGGGGGAGGGGAGACCUGCUAGCUGGCUGGACCCAUGGCGGGAAAGGAAAAACUACCGGGAGCUUGAGGGCGUGGAGUGAUGUGUCGGUGACAAGGAGGGGGGGUGGGUGUAGAGGAAGCCAUUGUUGGCGUUUCAUAGAUGUGUUCCACCUGGAGAGGGAGGUUUUGUUUGCCCCCGGCCGCGUGGAUUGGUGGCGUUUUCCGCCGCAGGGCGACAGUCUGUGGAGCGGUGCUGAUUGGAAGCCAUCAGCGGGCACUUGCGCUCCGCCGUGUGUGCCUGUUGAUCCAAAUUUCGCCCUGGGCUAGUGAGCACAAGAGACGUGUUCGGGGUGCCCCACGUUCGAUGGCGCUACUUUACCUGCUUGCCAGGCGUUGUGCUUUUUUCAUGGCUUUCCGAUGUCCCCGGCGUCUACAAGCGUGUUCCGCUGUGGUUAGGUGCAGAGACAACAAGCGAGAGCAGCGUUUGUUUUGUCCCGAGGCCUGUCGAUGGGGUAGCCGCGGAACUUGGGGUUUUCGUAUGCGUGUGAAACACUAGACUCGGUGUUGCUCGUGGUCACAACGAGCAAGGAGUACGAGGGAUAGACGUGUUGUUGCUCUUCAUCGUGGGGGGCAGGGAUGUCUGCGUGUGAGGCACUAGAGUUGUGUUCUUGCUCGUGACCACAGCGAACGAGGAUGUUUGGAAGGAGACCACGGCGGUUCCACUGGCACGGGGUAUCCGCAUGGCCGAUGGCGGGGCCCCCAACACAAGGAAUCGGGAUUUCCAUGGUUUUUCGUUUAGAGGCAGGCGCUUGCUUUUGACAGGAAGAGGAACGAGGAAGGCCGGCGUCCGUUGUGUUGGGGUGACUGGAUGCCAAGCGUGUUUAGCAUGGAAAGCUACCUUGGACUUCUGUCGGCCCAAUCGCUUACGUGUGGCCGUGUGCGAUCGCUGGCGCGUUGCCAGCGUGUGUGGUUUGUUUCCGCGCGAAGCACUCGCGCAGCUUCUGAGGCGAUUAGUUUCUGAUGAUGACAGCGAUAUGGACCUAG